CAUCGUUCCACUUUCAGCUGUGUCCCCUAUCUCCAAAUGUCAACAUGCAUGAGCUGUCGUCGCUCGGGUCGGAAAAGAUAAUCAAAACGGGAAAAUUUCGCUAUCAGUGGGAGUGUUUUUCGGGUGUUUUUCUGCAAAUUUAAUCCUUAUCAGCUCAACAGAAUGGCCGCAACGCUCAAACCUUAUCUGACGGCCGUCCGUCACACCCUAACUGCAGCGAUGUGCCUGACCAACUUUUCCUCCCAGGUCGUCGAACGGCACAACAAACCCGAGGUGGAGGUCCGAUCGAGCAAGGAGCUUCUGCUCACUCCGGUGGUCAUUUCCCGAAACGAAAAGGAACGGGUGCUAAUCGAAACCAGCGUGAACUCGGUCCGCAUUAGCAUCGCCGUCAAGCAGGCGGACGAAAUCGAAAAGAUCCUGUGCCACAAGUUCACCCGGUUCAUGAUGAUGCGGGCGGAGAACUUUAUCGUUCUGCGGCGGAAACCGAUCGAGGGAUAUGAUAUCAGCUUCUUGAUUACGAACUUCCAUACUGAGCAGAUGUACAAGCACAAGCUGGUGGACUUUGUGAUCCACUUCAUGGAGGAAAUCGAUAAGGAGAUCAGCGAAAUGAAGCUGGCCGUCAAUGCGCGGGCUCGUAUUUGCUCGGAGGAGUUUUUGAAGCGAUUCUAAGCGCACCAGGACGAUCAGGGAGGAUGCAUUUACUAACACGACCGAAUCAUGGCAAUUAUUGUGCGUUUCGUUUAUUUUGUUCGGAUUUAUUUUCUGUUAGGAAAGUUUCUUUUUAGGAAUACUUCCAAGGCGGUUUUCCGAUCUCGCAAUACCCUAGCGCGAAUUUGGAUAGCGUAACUACUUUUAAUUAAUGCUGAGAUGCUGUUUAUCAAAAAUCAUUUCCAAGCAAGUCUAUAUUCAAGUAUUACACACGUAAUAAUGUUCGUAUAGGAAGAAGGUUCAAACCGUUCGAAUAUGAGCCAAAAUUAGGAACAAAGAUAGUACUAUAAUCA